AUGCCGGCAUAAUGCCGGUUUUUGGAGCACGGCAUAUGCCGUUAUGCUGAUUUGAAAAUUCACGGCAUAUGCCGAAAAUGACGUUAUGCCGAAAAAUAAAAUGACCGGCAUAACGGCAUAA